AUGAAAUCUGUCUGACCAAUUUGCCUAAAGUUAUUUCCGGUGAAAAUCUGCCGGAAAAUUCUCAAUCUGAGAUAUUAAUGGAGACGGAGAUUCCUUGGUCAACGGAGAUCUCAGAGACAUUGUUGUUACCGGGAAAAAUCUCGGCGAAUCGCGAUUUCCACGAAGAAGAUGUUCCUCACUGGAAGGAUCAGAUCACGAUCCGAGGCUUGAUUGCUAGCGCCUUUCUGGGUAUUUUGUUCUGUAUCAUUACCCAUAAGCUGAAUCUAACCGUCGGAAUCAUUCCUUCGCUGAAUGUAGCUGCUGGUCUUCUCGGCUUCUUCUUCGUCAAGUCGUGGACUGGGUUUUUGUCGAAAUUAGGGUUUUCGGUUAAACCCUUUACCAAGCAAGAGAACACCGUUAUUCAGACUUGCGUUGUUGCCUGUUACAGCUUGGCUUAUAGCGGUGGAUUUGGUUCUUACUUGAUUGCUAUGGAUGAUAGGACAUACAAGCUCAUUGGUGCUGAUUAUCCUGGGAACAAUUCAGAUGAUGUUAUAAAUCCUGGACUUAGGUGGAUGAUUGGGUUUUUGUUUGUGGUCAGCUUCCUUGGUGUCUUCAGUAUCGUUCCACUUCGCAAGGUGAUGAUUUUGGACUACAAGCUAACGUAUCCCAGCGGAACCGCUACAGCGAUGCUGAUUAACAGUUUUCAUGACAACUCUGGAGCCGAGCUUGCAGGAGUCCAAGUUAGAUGUCUAGGGAAAUACCUGAGCCUUAGCUUAGUUUGGAGUUGCUUCAAGUGGUUCUUUAGUGGUAUUGGAGAUUCCUGUGGGUUUGAUCACUUUCCCACACUUGGUUUGACGCUUUUCAAGAACACGUUUUACUUUGAUUUCAGUCCUACUUUUAUUGGAUGUGGUCUGAUAUGUCCCCAUUUAGUUAAUUGCUCGGUCCUUCUCGGUGCCAUCAUUUCUUGGGGCUUUCUCUGGCCAUUUAUAUCACAGCAUGCUGGAGACUGGUAUCCAGCUAACCUUGAGGCCAACGAUUUCAAAGGUCUCUACGGAUAUAAGGUCUUUAUCGCCAUUGCUAUCAUCCUCGGUGACGGUCUUUACAACAUCCUCAAGAUAAUUGUUGUCACUGUGAAGGAACUCUGCAACAAAAGCUCCAAACAACAACACCUACCUAUCUUUUCCGACAUUUUAGAUGAGAAUGAAACCUCGGAAUUACUUCUGGAGAAGAAGAAAAGAGACGAAGUGUUUUUCAAGGACCAUAUACCACUCGGUUUUGCGGUUUCUGGUUAUGUGUGUCUAGCAGCCAUUUCGACAACAACAAUCCCAUUGAUAUUCCCACCAUUGAAAUGGUACUUUGUCCUCUGUUCAUACUUGGUUGCACCGGCUCUUGCCUUUUGCAACUCUUAUGGAGCAGGGCUCACGGAUAUGAGCCUGCCUUCAACCUACGGAAAGAUUGGUCUUUUCACCAUCGCUUCAAUCGUAGGAAGCAACAAUGGUGGUGGAGUCAUUGCUGGUUUAGCAGCCUGUGGAGUUAUGAUGUCAAUCGUCUCAACCGCAGCAGAUCUCAUGCAAGACUUCAAAACAGGUUACCUCACGUUAUCAUCUGCAAGAUCCAUGUUUGUGACUCAGCUUUUGGGCACAGCGAUGGGUUGCGUGAUCGCUCCUCUCACGUUUUGGAUGUUUUGGACGGCUUUCGACGUUGGAGAUCCUGAUGGUCUUUACAAAGCACCUUACGCGGUUAUCUACCGUGAAAUGGCUAUUCUUGCGAUCGAGGGGUUUGCGAAGCUGCCUAAGCACUGUUUAGCUCUUUGUUUUGGAUUCUUUGUCGCUGCUCUGAUUGUGAAUCUUGUAAGAGACGUCACACCAAGAAAGAUCUCAAAGUUCAUACCGCUUCCAAUGGCUAUGGCUGCUCCAUUCUACAUUGGAGCUUACUUCGCCAUCGACAUGUUUGUUGGAACAUUGAUUUUGUUCGUAUGGGAGCGGAUAAACAAGAAAGACGCAGAUGAUUACUCGGGUGCAGUAGCUUCAGGGUUGAUAUGUGGCGAUGGAAUCUGGACAAUCCCGUCAGCGAUUCUUUCAAUCUUUAGAAUCAAUCCACCCAUUUGUAUGUACUUUGGACCAUCCUAA